AAUCUCCUAUAGAACCUCCUAUAUCUCCUAAAUCUCCUGAUCACAUAAAGAUGAUUAUUUAUACUAUGAAAUUUAUAUUUUUAAAACCUAUAAUAGAAGUAGUUAUCGCAAUUUUGACAUAUUAUUACGUUUAUUCGAAAAGAUUAUAUUUAAUUGAGGAUAAGAAAUUUCCUCUAGAUGAUUAUGGUAGAGUAAGUUUCUUUGGAAAUGAUGAUAUUAGGGAUAAAUAUAAA